AUGCCAGGAUUUUCACCAAAGCAAUUACGUGACAGAUGGCAUAACUAUAUUUCUCCAAAAAAUUCUUUUGGCCCAUGGACAAUUGAAGAGGACAGAUUUAUUGUUCAAAACGUCAAGAAAUAUGGGACAAAAUGGUCGCUAAUUGCCUCUCACUUAAAAGGACGAAGCGACAAUUGCGUUAAAAAUCGCUGGAAUACUGUUCUAAAAGAAGAUCAAAUAAUACAUCCUGAGAAAUAUUUCAAUUUAAUAAUUCCUGAAAAAAAUUACCAGCCAAUGCCACCAAUUCAGCCUCCACAACCAAAGCCUAAGGAGGAACUUUAUCUUGAUGUAAGGUUUGUAGAGCAUUUUUUCAAACCGGCUUCAAAAGCUGAAAUGGAGCGCUGGACAAAAGGAUCAGCUUCAACUGUUAAAAUAUAA